GGUGCGUCCGCACGCUGGGGGCGGGUCCGGCGCACCCGACUUUUCCAGAAGCUGGUGAGAGCGCCGCCCGGCCACGCGCUGCCGGCUCAGGUUCCGUGCGCGCCCCCUCUUCUUUUCUCCGGACAGCUAUGGCGGCCGUGAAGACUCUGAACCCGAAGGCCGAGGUGGCCCGCGCGCAGGCGGCGCUGGCGGUGAACAUCAGCGCUGCCCGCGGGCUGCAGGACGUGCUGCGGACCAACCUGGGGCCCAAGGGCACCAUGAAGAUGCUUGUGUCUGGCGCUGGGGACAUCAAGCUCACCAAGGACGGCAACGUGCUACUGCACGAAAUGCAAAUUCAGCACCCAACAGCCUCCUUGAUAGCAAAAGUAGCAACAGCCCAGGAUGACAUCACUGGGGAUGGCACCACUUCCAAUGUCCUUAUCAUUGGAGAGCUGCUCAAACAGGCAGACCUCUACAUUUCUGAGGGUCUUCAUCCUAGAAUAAUCACUGAAGGUUUCGAAGCUGCAAAGGAAAAGGCCCUUCAGUUUUUGGAACAAAUCAAAGUAAGCAGAGAGAUGGACAGGGAGACACUCAUAGAUGUGGCCAGAACGUCUCUCCGUACCAAAGUUCAUGCUGAACUUGCAGACAUCCUGACAGAGGCUGUAGUGGACUCCAUUUUGGCCAUUAAAAAAAAAGAUGAGCCUAUUGACCUGUUCAUGGUUGAAAUCAUGGAGAUGAAACAUAAAUCUGAAACUGACACAAGCUUAAUCAGAGGGCUUGUUUUGGACCAUGGGGCCCGCCACCCUGACAUGAAGAAGAGAGUGGAAAACGCAUACAUUCUCACAUGCAAUGUGUCGCUGGAGUAUGAAAAAACAGAAGUGAAUUCUGGCUUUUUUUACAAGAGUGCAGAAGAGAGAGAGAAACUAGUAAAAGCUGAAAGAAAAUUUAUUGAAGAUAGAGUGAAAAAAAUAGUAGAACUGAAAAAGAAAGUCUGUGGUGAUUCAGAUAAAGGUUUUGUUGUUAUCAAUCAGAAGGGAAUUGACCCCUUUUCUUUGGAUGCUCUUGCAAAAGAAGGCAUAGUAGCUCUGCGCAGAGCUAAACGGAGAAAUAUGGAAAGGCUGACUCUUGCUUGUGGUGGGGUGGCUCUGAAUUCUCUUGAUGACCUCAGUCCUGACUGCCUGGGCUAUGCAGGACUUGUCUAUGAGUAUACCUUGGGAGAAGAGAAGUUCACCUUUAUUGAGAAAUGUAACAAUCCCCGUUCUGUCACAUUAUUAGUCAAAGGACCAAAUAAGCACACACUCACUCAGAUCAAAGAUGCUAUACGCGAUGGCUUAAGGGCAGUCAAAAAUGCACUCGAUGAUGGCUGUGUGGUUCCAGGUGCUGGUGCAGUGGAGGUGGCCAUGGCAGAAGCCCUGAUUAAGUAUAAGCCCAGUGUGAAAGGCAGGGCCCAACUUGGAGUCCAGGCGUUUGCUGAUGCAUUGCUCAUUAUUCCCAAGGUUCUUGCUCAGAACUCUGGUUUUGACCUUCAAGAAACACUAGUUAAGAUUCGAGCAGAACAUUCAGAAUCGGGUCAGCUUGUAGGCGUGGACCUGAACACAGGUGAGCCAAUGGUUGCAGCAGAAGUGGGCGUAUGGGAUAACUACUGUGUGAAGAAACAGCUUCUUCACUCCUGCACUGUGAUUGCCACCAACAUUCUCCUGGUUGAUGAGAUCAUGCGAGCUGGAAUGUCCUCUCUAAAAGGUUGAAUUUAAGCCACUCUUGUGUCAUCUGAAUCUUGAAGACUAUGGAAUGAUCCUGAGGGAUAUAGUGGUGGAUUUUUGUACCAGCCUCAAAUGAUUGUUAAAGGAAUUUUCUUCUCCCCUAUGAAAAAAAAAAAAAGAUUGGUCACAUAUUYAAAUUAUGGUGUGAAAUUAUAAUUACAGUAUUUUUAAAAUUGCACUGAGUGUACAUGCAUAAAGCAGGUCCUUUUUACCCAGUGAACAGGAUGUUUUGUUUAUUACAGUGACAUAAAAUUACAUGUCAGAUAAGCACGUCAUCUGCCUUAUUAAAUAUUCCUUGAAAAACA